AGGGCGGCAUGAAAGCUAAAACCCCUUUCCAAUUCCAUGGAGAGACACCCAAAAAGAAGAAGAAGAAGAAGAAGAAGAAGAGCGGCAUGCCCACACGCAACGAAGACCCCGGCCCCUGCACUACUAUAAAUCACGGCAAGGGAGCGUGUGCCCUCCACACUACUCCUUCCUCCUCCCUGCUAACCCCUUCCUGCCUGCUGCGUGCCACCACACACCACACCACUGCACUCCCAUCUCCAUCCAUCACCAAAUCAAGAACUCUGCAAUUUUUAAGAUCGCCAUGGCCGUGAACGACGCCACCAACAACAACAAGAUGGUCGUCUCCGACGCCGAGAACCCCCCAACGGCGGCGAUGGCAGCGAUGAACAAGUGCGACGGAGGCGGCAUGGAAGUCGACGAGUCGGACCUGGCGGGGCGGGCCAACUGGCUGCGGGCGGCGGUGCUGGGCGCCAACGACGGGCUAGUCUCCACGGCGUCGCUGAUGCUGGGCGUGAGCGCCGUGAAGCACGACGUGAGGGCCAUGGUGGUCUCCGGCUUCGCGGGCCUGCUGGCGGGGGCCUGCAGCAUGGCUAUCGGGGAGUACGUCUCGGUCUGCUCGCAGCGGGACGUCGAGCUGGCCCAGCAGGCCCAGCUGGCCCGCGACGGCGGCAAGGAAGGCGGCGAGGACCAGGAGGCCCAGGCCCUUCCCAGCCCGGCCCAGGCCGCGGCCGCCUCGGCCCUGGCCUUCUCCGUCGGCGCCCUGCUGCCGCUGCUCGCUGCCGGGUUCAUCGUGGGCUACAAGCUGCGGGUGGCCGUCGUGGUCGCCGUGGCGGCCCUGGCGCUGGCGGGGUUCGGGUAUGUCGGGGCCGUGCUGGGCCGGGCCCCCGUCGCCAAGUCCUGCGCCAGGGUCGUCGCCGGUGGGCUCGCCGCCAUGGCCGUCACCUUUGGGCUCAUGAGGCUCUUCCGGGCCACCGGCAUCUGAUAUAUAAGAUGGAGCUUCAAAGUUCAAAGCUCUGUGUUGUUGCGUGCUUCCUGGCGCAAUAUCUUCUUCAUAUCGAUCGUACGUAUACGUCCUCCAUCCAUGGCAUGCUUUUCUCGUGAGCUCUGAGAGGCCGUGUAUUGCUCUCCUUGAUCACUGAGAUCGGUGCAUGUAAUGCAUGCAUGCAUGCUUCUUAAUUUUCUAGUUAAUGAUCGUCCAUACUUAAUUAUUGUCGUUGCAUGCCAUGCCAUGGCUGCAAAUGACUGUAUGUGUAACAUUACUUACUUACUGCUUUGACUGGCAUGCGGAAGUGGCCGGCCAGCAGCUGGUUGUUGUAACAAGGCAAGUUUUAUAUAUGCUGAUUUAAUUCCAUCCAGUUUAAUA